UCCAUGGUGUGUAACCUGAGUCGCACGUUGAUUAUACCAAGACUUGAAUUGGUUUUAUUUGUGAUUAAUUUCAAAUUGGCACAAUUGAUAUUAAUAGAUGGUGAUAUUUAUUUCAUAGCUUUUCAGUGCAAACAGCAAAAACAUGUCAAGAGGUCGCAGCACAAAUUGACAUGUCUUCAUUUCAGUACGACCCAGUUGCACUUAUUAGCCCAUUAUUAUAACUUUUUAAUGAAAACACUAGCUUAUUACCAACCAAUGAACAUCGAGUAAUACCCUUUUUUGUCUCAGAAAGCCUCGCAAAAUUGAGAAGAAACGACAUUUGUUGCUGUCAUUUCUCAUGAAGAUAAAACCAACGAUUGUUUAUAAAUGGUAACCUCAACCACAGUAUUGAUCUAUUUAAUCUAGAUCAGCAAUAUACCGGAAACCUUAUUGGAUCUCUUAACAAAAAUAACAAUUAGACUAUGAUCGAUUUAUGUAGAAUUGACUUUGGGCUUCAUUAAAUAAAGUUUGAUGGCCAUUUUUGUUUUGAAAACAAAAGUAUAGUUUGAAUAAGUUACAAAUCUUUCAUUUGUGGAAGAUACAGAGGGCGAUCUUCAAAUUUAUUUGUCACCUAUAUAAAUUAUUAUUUGCAGUAUUGUUUACUGAAACAGUUAGUUGUUUUAGUUGUACCUAGUGAUUAUUAUAUUUUGCUUCAGAGCGUAAGUUUUCUGCAUCACUUAUUAAAAAAAAAGAAUAUUUUCAGCAUCUCAAAUUUACACAAUGAUGUUAAGAGUUACCCUUCUCGACUUGUCCUCCCUCUCAUUCUUCAUUAUUAUCUUCGGAAAGUCGGACGCCUCCUGUUUCAAAAACACUACACAGCCGUGCUGCAAUGGCUACUUCAUGAGUGAGGUUGACAACUUCUGCGUUGCAAGUUGUGACGACUUCGAGAACUGCACUGGAUACCAGAAAUGUAGAGAGGGGCGAUUUGAUGACUACACCGUAAACUACGCAGAAGCCGAACAGUUUAACAUAGAGUAUUGCGACGAGAUCACUGGAAAUUUCCACUGUGACGUCGGAUACUACACGAACGCCACGACUCUUAUCAAAGAGCAAGCCGUCUGCAAAGACUUCUGUCCCCCUGGCAAGACGGACAGCAGAAGUUGUUCGGCUCUCAGAGAAGAUUGCGCCGAAUUUUGUCAUAUUGAAAAUGUGGAUUCGAGUAAAGAUGAAAAUUGGUGCAAUUUGGAACAAAGAAGUUGUGUCUGUAAAAAAGGGUACAAACAACCAAACUGUGAAAAGUGUCCGCCAGACAAAACUGGUGACAACUGUUCCAGAGAUUGUAAAAUAGAGUGUGGCAAUGUUGCAGGUGCCACUUGCGACGGACCUACAUGCCUAUGUCCUCCAGGCUACCAAAAUCAAGCUAAUCAAUGCAGACAAUGCGACAAUGGAUUUUACGGCCAGGACUGUGCGGGAACCUGCAUCAGUUCUAGGGAGGAUGCAUGCUACGAAGCUCACAGUUUCAGUCGUCUUAGUCCCGAGAAAUGCGACAAAGUGACGGGGAGCUGCAUCUGUGUACCUGGAUUUGACCCCGCUGAGAACUGUCAGUCAGCGUGCAAAGAGUUCAUGUGGGGUGGAGGCGAGGACAAUUGCCAGUCCUGCUCAUGUAAAAACCUCAUGGAGUGCGACAGAAUUACGGGAGAAUGUCUGUGUGGUGAGUACUUAACUGGAACCCACUGUGAGACGACUAAAGGGGUUUGUCCGUCUGGGAUGUCGGGUGCCAAGUGUGACAUCAAGUGCAACUGUAGUCCGGGCGAGAACUGUACCCGCGAGGACCAGAACAAAAUGCCAGUUGCAUUCCGGAUGACAUCAUAG